AAUGCCAACAGCUGAUCGCGAGACGGCACACUCGCGGGAACAGCUCGAAGCAGCAGAAAGAGAGAGGCGAGGGGAAGAGAGUGAAGAGAGAGGGAUCCAGAGAGAGAAAGAGGGGGAUCUGUUGAUUCAUCGGAGUCCCUUUUUGAACAAUUUUUUUUGACUUAAAGGGAUAUAAAGGACUUUUUUUUUCGUUAAAGGGAAUUUUUUUAUACAUAAAAGCACUCUAAGUUAUUAUUACAUAUUUUUUAAACCUCUGAUUUUCUUCGCAUCCCUCCCUCGUCCUUCCCCUCUUCCUCCUCCAUUUCUUUUUUUAGAGAGGCCCGGGCUUUGCGAGGUGUCUUCCAUCGCCUUUUUUAUAUUCAUUUUUUUUAUUUUAUUAUUGUUCGAGAGCCUUCAGUCUUCCGUUUGUCCGCGAGCGCAAAAAGCACGAGGCACCCCCCCUCCUCCUCCUCCUCCUCCUCCUCCUUCUCCUCCUACUCCUCCUCCUCUUCCUCCCUACGGUGGGAGCUGUCCGGUGCUGAAGUUGCAUUUCCUCCCAUUCCUGCAAGAGGACUGGACCGGGCCAGGCAGGGACACUCAAGCAGAACAAUAACUCUUUUUGACCGGAUAAUUCGGCAGCUCGGCUCCCGCCACCACCUGAAGACAAUCGGUCCCUCUGCUCGGCGUGUUGACGGACGGACGGGAUCGCCACGCUGGCCAGGCCGUCGGCGAGGGGCUUUACAUCCGCGAGAGUGUGCGCGCGUGUGUGUGUCGCUGCGUCCGCGUGUACGUUGUGUUUGUGGGAGCGUGCGUGCUCGCGUGCGUGCCGGUGUCUCUCACCAUCAUGCCAAGGUCUUUCCUGGUGAAAAAGGUGAAACUGGAUGAUUUCUCCACCGGGGCGGAGUUGGAACACGCCUACCGGCACAGGACAGACCUCAGCCUGCGGCUGCAUGACAAAGCGGCCUACAUCAGUGACUACAUCAGUCCUGUCGUGUAUGAUGGUGAGAGCGAUGGCGGGAUCAAGGUGCCCUCUCCUGACCCCCUCUAUGACGGUAUCCACAGCGACUACGGUGCCCCCGACUCGGAGUCUCCGGACAGCCCGGGCUCGGAAAUCACAGACGGCUACAUCAACGGCGACGCCGCGGUGAGCGAGGGAUACACAGUCGACGCUUUCUUCAUCACCGACGGCCGUUCGAGAAGGAAAGCCCUCGGUAGCCCCCGGAGCGUCCAGAGGCACACCUGCAACGAGUGUGGCAAGACCUACGCCACGUCUUCCAACCUGAGCCGGCACAAACAGACGCACCGCUCGCUUGACAGCAAGCUGGCAAAGAAGUGCCCCACUUGCGGGAAGGUGUACGUGUCCAUGCCCGCCAUGGCCAUGCACCUGCUCACUCAUGACCUCAAGCACAAGUGCGACGUGUGCGGGAAGGCGUUCAGCCGGCCGUGGCUCCUGCAGGGCCACAUGCGCUCCCACACCGGCGAGAAACCAUUCGGGUGCGCCCACUGCGGGAAGGCCUUCGCGGACCGCUCGAACCUGCGCGCCCACAUGCAGACGCAUUCGGCCUUCAAGCACUUCAAAUGCAAACGCUGCAACAAGACCUUCGCGCUCAAGAGCUAUCUGAACAAGCACUACGAAUCUGCCUGCUUCAAAGGCCCCUUCUCCCCUCUCGGCCCAUUAGACGCAUGACAACCUACAAAGAGAUCAAAUGAGGGACAAAACCGCAGACACAAAUUACCAUUAUCCUUAAAGACUAAACUGCAGACGGUAUAUUUUUGGUCAGAAUGCGACCUUGCUUUCCCUCCUUCUACCUCCCUCACCUGCCCACUGCCCCCUCUUCCCCCCCCCUUUCCCUUGGAGCCUGUCCACAAUGACGAAUACGAUGAAGAUAGCACAAUUUUUCUCCUUGAGAUUUUCCCACUUAAGGAUUAAACUGAUCGACGCAUGCACUUCCUUGAAAUCACGUCACCUCCUUUUUCUCUGUCUGUUCAGGGCAGAGACACUGAUAUUACUGCAGCUUCCUCCUGGCAUCUAGAUAUAAUAUGACUACAUAUAUUUUGGAACAUUGAUGAUGAUGAUGAGAAUAAUGACAAUAGAAAACAUAUAGCUACUAGUUUUCUCCAUGCACUGAAAUGCAGUGAAAGUGUUUUUUUUUUCAUUCUGAUUCUGCUUUUUGGGGGAAUAGUAAUAAUAAGAAUAGUAAUAAUAAUGAGAAUAAUAUUAAUGCUCUGCUGCACCAAGUGACCAUAAUCUCUCCACCUUUGAGGUAAAAAAAAAAUAUUUAUGUAUUUAUUUAUUUAAGCAAUGUUUCUUUUUAUUAUUUGUUGUAUAUUUCUACUUGAUUUGACGACAACAGAUGCUGUUUAUUUGCACUUUAAGUUCUGGAUAUGUCUUUUUACCACUACAGGCCAAAGCAUAUGUCACUUUUUUUGCGUACGAUUUUUUUCUAUUAUGUUGUUUACUUUCUUUUUUUUUUAAAUUAACAUUACUGCAUGCAAAAACGAAAAAAAGAAAAAUAACAAAACCUAUGCCAACCACAUAAAAAAAAAAAAGCUUAUGAAUUUUUGCCAAAAUUCCUAUAGAUAGAACCCGAGGGCAAUAUUUUUUCUCUUGGAGCCUCCAUAGGACUCGUAAAAGCAAUAAUCACCUAAUGCAUGGAAUUUUAUGAUGAAGUUAUGAAGUAUUACCUACUACUGUAUAGCAGUUUGAAGAAUCAGGUAUGUUUUACUUCACCUAUAGUCAUAAACUGAAAAAUACUAACAUUGCAGACAUCAGGGAUCAUGCCAAUGUAGUGUUAGAGUGACGAAAAGAAAAGUCCCGUUUUUCCUUUCUUGUUAUGCACUGCCUGCCUCUUAGUGAGUAGAACUAAUGUAGGAUUUAGGCUUUGAGAGGCUGGGAUCAGCUGUCUGCUGGGUGUGGGGCCUAUUGUAGGAUAACUGCUGUGCGAUUGUGACAUCCCUAGCAACUUUCUGCAUCAUCCUGUCAACGGAUGGACAUCAUGGAAAAGUACAUUUAUUUCAGUAAUUUGAUUCAGAAAGGGAAACGUUAAAUGAUAGGGAUUUGCUACACACUGGGUGAUAUGUUUCAAGCAUCCAUUUCUGUUAAUGUGCUGAGCUCAUGAAAAGUCAAAGUAUUGUUUCUCGGAAGCCUACACAGAUAAGACUGCUGACUUAAAGAAGACAGUCUUGACAUUGUCCGGAAAAAGUUUAAGUGACUGAAAGUCAUUGCUUAAAGAGUAUGCUGUUCACAAAGUGCUUAAUCCAAGGCAUGGUGAUGGGAAGUUAAGUGGAAGGAAAAAGUGCGGUAGAAAAGUAAAGCCCAAGCAACAGGGUGAUGUAUAACUUUUAAAGAAUUGUUACACAAAUUCCCUUCAUGAGUGUCAUAGAGUUUCGCAGAGUGUGAACUAUGAGUACAGUUUUUGUAUCAAGAGAUAUUUCACUCUCCAGUUUCUGUAGGCAGUCACUCCCAUCACUGUGUAGGUCACAGCACAAUAUUUCUGUAUUCAAAUGCUUUUUUUUAAUUGCUGCUAUGCAAUAGUAACAUUGACAUUUUCUGGAAAUAACAAUUUUGGAUUUUCAUUAGCUGUAAAUUGACCAAAAACAGCCAAAUUAUAUGAAUCAGCUUCUCUUUUUUUUAGCCCAAAUUACUGAAAUAAAUCAACUUUUUUGCAAUAGUCUAAUUUACUGAGGCGGACUUAUUACAUUUUGCUGUGAUAUUCAGCGGGAAUCACACUGAGAUUUUGCCAUAAAAUCUGCACAAACCCAAGCUGGGAGGCAACACGCAGCUCUCAGCAUGCCUUAUUGGAAAAACCAAGGCAAAGUUUGGUGCAUUGCUGAAGCUAGACUGAGGUCAACUCUGACUCCAAUGCAUUAUUCAGCCAUCUCCCCCUGAGCGCUUCCACAACAUUAACUGUGCAUUCUUCAACAACAGACACAGGCUGCACUUUGACCGGCCAGUCUGGUUACAGUUCACAGUUUCAUGCUGCAGCUGCUGCAUGGAACGGAGUCUGCAUUGUUCUGCAGCAGGCCCCCCCCACCCACCCCCACCGGGCCGCCCCGUAGGCUCACUUCAUGAGUGAUAUACCUGCAGACAAGUUAACUUGAAUCAGCUCUGACCCCAUAAAUCAUUUAGUUUCUAAUGUAGGUGGUCAACAGCAGUGAUGCUGAACCCAGAUCUCUGCAGCUCAGAAAGGUUUUUUUAUUUUUUAUUUUUCCUUCAGAUUCAUGGAGCUUCCCAUGAGACAGACUGAGCACAGACGUGCAUUUUUAGAUCGUACUUAUGUGAAUCCGUGACACUAUACAGUUUGUGCAUAUUGCAAGCUUGAGCAGAAACAUUCAGAAAUGAGUUAACAAGUGCAUCCAUAUGCAUGCAAGCACACAGUGCCUGAUUAUAAGCCAUUUGGAAUAACAAAUCCGUCUGCAGCUACGUUUAGCUAUGUGGAUUGCUGAGCCUUGAUAAUUACACUGCUUCCUGAGGACUGAUGCUGUUUGGAGAUGUUUUUGACAGAGGGCGUCUUAAAGAUUACACAGACUAAGCUUAGUUUUCUUAACUUGUUACAAGAGUGAAAGAAGAAAAACCUCGCAUAAAUUUUGAUGCGUCUGCAAUGAUGUUCUGAAGGCACAAAGCCUAAAUCAGAAGUGUCAGAAGUGCGAGAAGAUAACAUCUCACACUUCUGACUUCUUUAUCUUCUACAAUAACGGCUGAAAAAAAAGUGUUGAUGAGAUCUUGGUGAAAGAUACAUUUUUUUUAUUAUUAUUAAUUUUUGCAAAAUAAGAAUGUGAACCAGCCAGUCGUGGUCUUGAUCUGGACUUCAGUCAUCUAAAAUUGAUCAAAUCAUUGAUCGUAGAUCACCAUCUUUUUGAGGCCCUUUUUGCUUUUCAGUUUGUAAUUUAGAACAGCUUUUAUGUACAAUACAGACAACCUUUUAAUUUUUGCUUCAGCAUCGCAGAUGAUUAAAAUGUUUUUAUAGCAAAAUUUGUACAAACAAAACAAAACAAAAAAUGCAGCCUUUAUAUUUCUUAGUUUAACUCAAAGGUCUAGCGAUGUAAUAAUCAGGACUUCUAACAGCCAUAGCAACCGAGUACAUGUGAUGAUGCUCAGACUCCGUUUCCCGUCUUAAUGUCUCAAAGUGUUGGUUGAUAGACUUUGCACUCUAUUCUGUCUUCUGGGUGUUUGGCUGAAACUCUGGUGAGGCUUUUCAGUGGUUUUAAAGCAGAAGGAAUACUUUAUGAAGUCUGUCUGCUUGAGUCUGUCUCCUGGUGAGCUCCUGAUCUGGCCUCUUUAAGUACUUCCAUUGUAGUCAUCUCCACCUUUAAAGAAAGUAGCACAAUGAAACUAACUAGAAAUCAGGUAGAGAAGAAUUAUAUAAAAAAAUAAAAACUUGUACUAGCUUGACCUCUCUUCUUCUUCUUCUUCUUCUUUUGUAUUUCCAAGUUAAAGAAUGAUGAUAGCCUAAAUAAUCAUUUAUUGCAGGAGGGGUUUGUAAAGAAUCCUUUGGAUUGAGACGUUUUUAUGCUGUAUAGCGAUAUCUGACUUACCUUAACGCAGGAGGGCUGGAUCUCUGUUCCAGAGUGAGAAUCUCCUGUGAGUUUUCUUUUUUUUUUUUUGUUUUGUUAAGUUUUUUUGAGCCAGUAUUCAGACAAUGUAAGCACAAUGAUCACAAAGCAUUUUGUGGCACUUCAUAAUAAAGAAUAAUCUUAAUCAACCAAGGA